UCACGCGAAAUCCCGUAAGCGUGACUACAUGUAGGGCGCUGACAUCUUGGAAUUCAGCCGCAAAGUGAAUGAAUUAUUUCGAAACAAUUACAAAAGAAGAUGUCAGACAAACUCACACGUAUCGCUAUUGUCAGCGCGGAUAAGUGCAAGCCAAAAAGAUGUCGCCAGGAGUGCAAGAGGUCAUGCCCUGUUGUUCGAAUGGGAAAGUUGUGCAUAGAAGUAACUCCAACAGAUAAAAUCUCCUUUAUCUCGGAAGAACUUUGUAUAGGAUGUGGAAUCUGUGUAAAGAAAUGCCCUUUCGAGGCCAUAUCGAUUAUCAACUUGCCAAGUAACCUGGAGAAAGAUACAACUCAUCGAUAUAGUGCCAACUCAUUCAAAUUACACAGACUGCCAAUUCCAAGACCGGGCGAGGUCUUGGGUUUAGUAGGCACUAACGGUAUAGGGAAAUCCACAGCCUUGAAGAUUCUGGCAGGCAAGCAGAAGCCUAACCUGGGAAAUUUUACUGACCCUCCGGACUGGACGGAUAUUCUGACAUACUUCCGUGGAUCUGAACUACAGAACUAUUUCACCAAGAUUCUCGAGGAUGACCUGCGGGCCAUCAUCAAGCCACAGUAUGUCGACCAGAUCCCUAAAGCUGUGAAGGGUUCUGUGGAGGCACUGCUUAAGCGUAAGGACGACACUGACUCCCGAGAUGAGAUAUGCACUCAGCUAGAUCUACAGAAUGUUCGUGAUCGUAAUGUGGAGGACCUGUCAGGAGGAGAGCUGCAGAGAUUUGCAAUCGCGAUGGUUUGCGUUCAGAAGGCUGAUAUAUUUAUGUUGGACGAGCCUUCAAGUUACUUGGAUGUGAAGCAACGUCUAAAGGCUGCUUUGGCCAUACGCGCACUCAUUAGACCAGAUAAUUAUAUCAUCGUAGUUGAACACGAUUUGUCAGUUCUGGACUACCUCUCUGACUUCAUUUGUUGCCUCUAUGGUGUGCCAAGUGCCUAUGGAGUUGUCACAAUGCCCUUCAGUGUACGAGAAGGCAUCAACAUAUUCCUGGAUGGCUUUGUUCCGACGGAAAACCUUCGCUUCCGCGAGUCAUCGCUCGUGUUCAAGGUGUCAGAAACGGCAAACGAGGAAGAGGUUAAGAGACUGUGUCACUACAGAUACCCAUUCAUGACGAAGAAGUUGGGCAAUUUCCAGUUGACAGUCCAGUCGGGAGAAUUCACAGACUCGCACAUCAUUGUGAUGCUCGGAGAGAAUGGAACAGGCAAAACUACUCUGAUUCGAAUGCUGGGCGGAAAGCUGUCGCCUGACAAUACAACGGACAUGCCCGUUCUCAACAUCAGCUACAAGCCGCAGAAGAUCAGCCCCAAGUCGCAGAACACGGUGCGGCAGCUCCUGCAUGAGAAGAUCCGCGACGCCUACAUCCACCCGCAGUUUGUUGCCGACGUCAUGAAGCCGCUGAUGAUCGACCCGAUCUUUGAUCAGGAGGUCCAGAACCUAUCUGGUGGUGAACUUCAGAGAGUUGCCCUGGUGCUUUGCCUAGGCAAGCCGGCUGAUGUGUAUUUGAUCGAUGAGCCUUCAGCGUAUCUCGACUCUGAACAGCGUCUGCAUGCUGCCAAGGUCAUAAAGAGGUUUAUCUUGCAUGCGAAGAAGACAGCGUUUGUCGUGGAGCAUGACUUCAUCAUGGCCACUUACCUAGCAGAUCGGGUGAUUGUGUUUGACGGUAACCCAUCUAUCGAGACCCAAGCUAAUAGUCCGGAGUCACUGCUGAUAGGCAUGAAUAAGUUCUUGCAAAGCUUGGCCAUCACAUUUAGAAGGGACCCCAACAACUUUAGACCAAGAAUCAACAAACUGAACUCUGUGAAGGAUGCGGAUCAAAAGAGGACUGGUAACUAUUUCUUCCUGGAAGAUUAGUGACUGACUCAAUAGGCACGAUACAAUG